UGACUCAACCGACAAAAAAGUGUUGCAUAAGCGUGUUUAACUUUAUGACCAUUUCAAACACAUUCUUUGCAGAACCUACAUUCAGUUAUAUAUAUACGUAUACGAAACUUGUUAUACGAAACUUGUUUUCUGAAGGAUUUGAGCAGGAAAUAUUUUCUCUGGUCUUGUAAUCUCUGGUCUUGUAAUAGUCUAUCUGAAUUGUUAGAGAAGAGCUGAAAAGACACAAAAGAUGCGGUAUUUUCUGUGCCUUAUUUUGAUUGCUGUUCUAGCGAAAGAGCUAUCUUCGUUUCGCCUGGCUCUCCGCGUCUGUUUCAAGGACACUGUAAACACAGCAGUAGAGAAUGACUGCGCCUAUUGCAAUCCGAGAACGCUGUUAAGCACGAUGCGCGACUGCACAAAAACUAAGGAUGGAAUUCCUGACCAAGCUGGACAAGCUGCUUGGACAGCACAACAUAAACGAUGUAUACUUAGAACUUGCAGAGAGCAAUACCCCGAGCAGAAGAUUUUACCAACCCUCAUUCCAAAGCAAGCAGAAUGAAGUUCAAGGAAGAAAUCUCAAAUUAUGUCAUUUAAUGCCUUAUUUUAUUGUUUUGUAUUCUGUAAUUUCCUGAGCAAAUAUACAAAUAAAAGCUUUUAUUAUUCAUAAAUG